AUGUAAGAAAUCAGUUUUUAAGAUCUCUGGAAUGAUUUUAUAAUUGUCAUGAGUGCUGCUACCGAUAUGUAAGCAGUUCUAGAUACAGUUGGUUAAGAGCAUCCACUUUGGUUAUAGUCUAGAAAUAGAUUAAGUAUUCAACUGAAUCGAUCUAAUAAUAUUCAUUUAAAAAACUAAGAUCCAUCUCUAAUACAAGACAUUAAAUAUCGUUAUUAUGAAAUAGUUACCAUGCAAUAAUUUGGUGAUAUUGUACUAGGAUAUUUAAAAUUUUAUGAAAGUAAUUUAUAAAGAAUGCCUAUUAAACUACCAGAAGGUGAUGUAGGUGAUUGGCAAGAAUUUGAGGAAAGUGAAAUCAAUUAUUAGACAUAAUCUAUGGUUAAAUUGUAAAUGAAGUAAUUGAUAUUUCAAAAAUUAUCUUAGAAAACAAUAUAGCAUUAGAAAAUAAUGGAUUGAAUAAUAAUAAAAGGGCAGUCCUAUUAUAACUAAUAAAAAAUAGGCUAGAUCUGCCUAAAGCAUAUAUAUUCCUAUACAUAAACCUGAUGGAUAUUAUGGUUCUUUAGAUUCUCCAUUAGUAUUAAUUAAUAUUAUAUAUUCGAUAAGUCCAUGUCCAAUCCAGUCAAUGAAAAUUUAGUAAAUAGCAAAAAUAGUGUUUAAAAUUCAAAUGGAGAUUCAGAUUAAAUGCUUGGAGUUAAAAAAAUCUCUUAAAAUGCUACAAAAAAUAGAUAAUCUAAUUUACGAAAAUAAUCCUUGGAUGCCAGUAUUGACAGUCUAAGAGAGAGCCAUAUUUCCUAAUAAAGAAAUAUGAGUAAAGCAAAAUCAAAUCUCAAAACUAAAUAGCAUGAAUUAAACAAAGAACAUAUGGAAAAAAGCAUGAUAGAAAAAAAUAGAAAUUGUUGUGGUACUGGAUGUUGCAUAUUUUGA